AUGCAUAGGAUGCCGUUCAACUCUUUUCCCAACCUCUCCAUUGAUGCGAUGACGCGUGGUGCGGUGCCUUGUACGAAUCCCUGUCACCUCGGCGGCGAUCCCGCGCUCCCCGACGGCAAGUUUCUUCGCCAAAAAAGCGCCGUUCUCCCAGGGAGGAAAAUACCCAAACAUUCUUUCACGAGCGGAUGUACCCUAAACCGAUCCCCACUUACAGGCGAAAAGCCCGUUGUUUACCAUUCCCCCCUUUGUUCUCUCCCUCUCUUUGCCCCAUUUACUCCACGCACUCCCCACACGUUUCAAAAACUUCGCGAUCCCCGUGCACGACGUCCAAUUUCUCUUUCCCUCCUCAUUUCCUCUAACCCUCACAAUCUUCAACCUCACCAGCUCCACCAUAUCCUUAAACCCCCUCGCCUUCUCUGUUGCGUCUUUGGCUUUUGCUUGAACGAAGGCAUACACCAAUUUCAAUCUCCCUGA